AUGAAUCUUCAUCUGCUGACAAGCUUGCUCGUGACUCUGACAAAUGCUGCAUUCGAGACUCAGCAACACUGGAUAGACAACGGCAGGGCUGACAUCCGUCGAGCCUGGGCUAGUGUCCCCAACUACAACCUGGCCCAGAAUGUCAUACUAAUGGUUGGCGACGGUAUGGGCGUGUCCACCGUGACAGCCGCUAGGAUCUACAAAGGUCAGAAGCUGGGCAAAUAUGGCGAGGAUUACAAGCUAGCCUUCGAGGACUUCCCACACCUGGCUUUGUCCAAGACCUACAACCUUGACCGACAAGUGCCGGACAGUGCUGGGACUGCCGUCGCCAUGGUGACUGGGGUCAAGGUUAACAUGGGGACCCUGGGUCUAACGGGGGAGGUGCCCUACCAAAAGAAUUGCUCUCAAGUCCGCGAGGAUCGCAAGCUGAAAUCGGUUCUGGAUUACGCUUUGGAAGAAGGUAAAUCAGUGGGUAUUGUGACCACCACUCGUGUCACGCAUGCAACACCAGCUGCUGCCUAUGCUCACGUCCCCCACAGAGACUGGGAGAGUGACGCUGACAUGGCUGGUAUCCCCGGCUGUGAGCAGGUCAAGGACAUUGCCUACCAACUCAUUAUGGAUAACCCGAACAUCAACGUGAUUCUUGGAGGUGGCAGACAGGCUUUUAUAAACAAUUCCUCUUCUGGGGGUAAACGACAGGAUGGUCGAGAUCUUCGUGAGAACUGGAAGCGGCACAGAGCAUCCAGCGGUCUCAGAUAUGCUUAUGUGGAAACUAAAGCAGACUUUGAUCAAAUCAAUCCAGACACAGCUGACUACCUGCUAGGUCUGUUUGAACUGAGUCACAUGACUUAUGAGCUAGAGAGGAAUGCUUCCAAGGAACCAUCACUCACAGAAAUGGUGGACAAAGCUAUACGUAUUCUCAAGAAGAAUCCUAAAGGCUUCUUUCUUCUAAUUGAAGGUGGUAGAAUCGACCACGCCCACCAUGACAAUCUCGGAAAGAAAGCCCUUGAAGAAACCGUUGAAUUUGAUAACGCAGUACGAAAAGUCACGGAACUGACUUCAGCUGAUGACACGCUGACUGUCGUAACGGCCGACCAUUCACAUGUGUUCACAAUAGCUGGAUAUCCUCGUCGAGGACACAAUAUACUUGGCAUUGUUGAUGAUAUGCCUGAAAAUGAAAUGCCCGUUGACAAGAUGCCUCUUCUAACACUGGGAUAUACAAAUGGUCCUGCAAGUAAGAGAGUCAACUACACGGAAGUGGACACCACAGACAAUAAUUUCAAGCAGCCGGGCUGUGUACAGAUGCCAUGGGAGACCCACGGAGGAGAAGAUGUGGCCAUAUACGCACAAGGACCAAUGGCUCAUCUGUUGCAUGGCGUCCAUGAACAGUCGUACAUUGGACACGUACUCAUGCACUCCGCCUGUCUGGGAGAAUAUAAAAAUGACUGUGACCUCGACAAAAGAGAGAAAAUGAAGAGUGGCUUCUGUGGAACAUCUAGGCCGGUGUCCUCUAUAAUUGUGAUUUUGGGUGUCCUGUUUAAAGUAGUGCUAGAUAUGGAAUUAUUAUGA